AUGAAGAGUAACGCCAUUAUCGCUGGAGCCCGCGAGCACUCACGCACGGCGACCGGACACUGGCCGGCCGCAAUAUGAGACUCCUCCCCCGCCUGCUCCUGCUGCUCCUGCUCACGUUCCCUGCCACCCUUCUCUUCAGAGGCGGCUCUGGAGGCUCAUUGGCAUUGGCUCAGGAUCUUACAGAGGAUGAAGAAACUGUAGAAGAUUCAAUAAUUGAAGAUGAAGAUGAUGAAGCUGAGGUGGAAGAAGAUGAGCCCACAGAUCUGGCAGAGGACAAAGAGGAAGAAGACUUGUCUGGUGAACCUGAAGCUUCACCAAGUGCAGAUACAACUAUCCUAUUUGUAAAAGGAGAAGAUUUUCCAGCAAAUAAUAUUGUGAAGUUCCUGGUGGGCUUUACAAACAAGGGUACAGAAGACUUUGUUGUUGAAUCACUCGAUGCUUCAUUCCGUUAUCCUCAGGACUACCAGUUUUAUAUCCAGAAUUUCACGGCCCUUCCUCUGAACACUGUAGUGCCACCCCAGAGACAGGCGACUUUUGAGUACUCCUUCAUUCCUGCAGAGCCCAUGGGUGGGCGACCCUUUGGUCUAGUCAUCAACCUCAACUACAAAGAUUUGAAUGGCAAUGUUUUCCAAGAUGCUGUCUUCAAUCAAACAGUUACAAUUAUUGAGAGAGAGGAUGGGUUAGAUGGAGAGACAAUCUUUAUGUAUAUGUUCCUUGCUGGUCUUGGGCUGCUGGUUGUUAUUGGCCUGCAUCAACUUCUAGAAUCUAGAAAGCGCAAGAGACCAAUACAGAAAGUAGAGAUGGGUACAUCGAAUCAGAAUGAUGUGGAUAUGAGUUGGAUUCCCCAGGAAACUUUGAAUCAGAUCAAUAAAGCUUCACCAAGAAGGUUGCCCAGGAAACGGGCACAGAAGAGAUCAGUGGGAUCUGAUGAGUAAAUGUUCCUUUGUGCAACAAUUCAGUCUUUACUUAACCUGCCCUAAUGUUUUUCGGCCUGAUGGAAAUUAAUGCAGAGAAGCCAUAUCACCAUAGAAGGCACCUACUACUUAUGUGUGGAUUGCGCAAUCAGAGUCUGUGGCGAGAAUAUUGCUGAAAGUGCACUGCAUUCGUUUUUCUAAAGUAACAAAUUUGGUUGUUUUUUUUUAAACCAUUAAAAUUUAUGUGUGUGCGUGUGUAUGUAUGUGAGCAGUUGGUAUUACCAGAAACAUUGUUGAACUACCUGAAGCAUGCUUUUAGAAUACUAAGUGUACUGCUGUUAUCUCAUCGUACUGAUAGUUUCUGAUAUUCCCUUCCCUCCCAACUCAGUCACUCUUUACCCAGUCUGAUUAGAGAUGUCAUGCUUUCACCUGUUCUAGAGAAAAUAAUUUCUUUCUUCUUUAGAAUAAUCCAAAUCCCCAUUGAUGGCACAAAUUGGCGAUUUGUUUUCAUUCUUACUGUCGUAUGUAGUAUUCUAAAGGUAUAAACAGGAGUAGCUGCUUUUUAGCAAUAGAAUUGUUUUGGUAUUUUGCUGCUGUUUAUUAUAAUACACACAUUCAUAAAACUUCUCAAAUGAACUGAAGGAAUUUUGGGACCUUUAGUAACAAAAUUGUGAAAUGUGAAAAUUCUGCUGACCUUGAUAUCUUAAAAACUCCACUCAACCCUACUUUUUAACAAACAGAAAAUAGUAUCUGUACCACCUGCAUUGGGCUGUCCGUCAUUGUUCUAUUUCUGAGCAAGGGGAUAGGUCUGCAAUGGUUUUGAGAUCGAGUCAGUAUUUGUUUUGCUUUUGUUUUAAGGGACCUCUUUUUUUCUCUUUAAUAAAGAAAUCUAGUUUAAAAAAAUUUUACAUUGGUCGAAGAUAAGCAGAAAGUCAAGUUACAGACCUAAAGAAAAUGACUGAUUUUUUUUUUUAACUUGUCAACCAAUUGUUUGGGGAUUUUGAUUGUGGCGUGAACUUUUUUGGUUAAUUGGAAAAUGCUAAAAAUGUGAACACUUCUAAUUGUCAGAGCAAAAAUAAAACUGGACUCCAUGAGUUUCCCCGUAAACAAAGGGUCAAGUAAAACUGUAAGGACACGUAAGAGGCUUUUCCUUUUGUCUUUAAGCCAUAUUCUCUCAAAUACAUCUUAAAAAGGAAAUGUUAUUGUUUGUUUAAUUUCUGACAUGUCUUUAUUCUCAAUAUAAUUCCCCACCAAUCUGAGCCAGAACCAAUGAAAACAGAAGUUAUUCUGUAGUCCUUAAUCACUUUGCAAGGAACGGGCUAAGAUACAUUACCUAUAUGGACAUUCCUGGCCUAUAAACUUCUUUACCGGCAAUAUAACACUCUUGAGUCUUUAAUUAGGUUGUAUGAUUAGUAGUUCAUUUUGGCAAAGCUUAUGAGUGUUAAGACAUUGCAUGAUUUAUUAUUUAAUGUAAUAUAAGAGACCCUCCACUUUCUCGAAGAAUAUAUUCUAAAAUAGUUUUGUAGAUAACCAAAUUGGUGACAUUAUUGGAACAUAAUAAUGCAGAGAAGUAUAGUUUCCAAAUGUAAAUGGCUUCUAAGGUGUUCUAUUGGCUACCUGGUAGCAGGUGGGCAAUGACAAAGCCACACUCAGUGACUGAUGCCCGCCCGCCCUUACCCCUGUACCUUUCACUAUCAGCCUUUCCCCUCUGAGGCCCAGAGUAGUGUCCCAGAAACAUAGAGUUAAUUCAUUAUCUUGCUUGCUGUUUGUUUUUUUCCCCCCUGAAAUUUAGAAGGGGAACAGUUGAAAGUGCUUAAAAUCCACAGAUGUCAGGGGUCUAGCAUUAAUAAUGUAUUUAGCAGAAGCUAACUCCAUAUGAUUGGAAUUCAAUUCCACACAUGGUUUGUUCAAGCACACUUAUAAGUAGCCUAUAUUUUUAAUGUCUUUUAAAAAUGUAAAUACUUGGAUGACUUUUUGUUUCGUUUUUGGUAUAUUCAUUUGCUACACUAACUAUGGUUUCAAAAUUCACCUUUUGAACAACUUGGCUCCAUAGUCUGUAAGAUAAAUUUAAGGAUCUUGUGUAUCACACCUGUCUCUCAGAUAUGCAAGGAUAAUGUGCUCUUAAAACUUGACUCCAUCUUUGUGGUAUAGCUUCAUCAUUCACUGUGGUCUGUCUUGCUGUUUGCUGUCAGUGGCUUUUAAGACUUCCUUCUCAAGUGUUGUCUGAGGAGAGGAUGGGUGAAAUGGAACAUCAACCUUAGAAAGGUAAAGAAAACUAGAAAUCAGAUGGCAAGAAAAUUUGACUUGCUUUUAGUGAGAUUUCUUAAGUAGAGAUCAGAAUAUAGUAGCUGGUUAGGAGAGAAAGGCAAAUUUAGGUUAGGGAAAAGUAAAACAUUUAAAAGUACUUCUCUAAAAGAUAUGUUCUUAGUGAAUCGAGCUGAAAAUUUAAUUUUGGCUCUCGGGAAAAGGAAAGAUGGUAAAGUGCCAUUGAAAGUUUGGUUUAAUGGCUCAUGUUAUUUUGGACGUGCACUAGGUGGGCAGAAUGAUACGCAAGGGUCUUCACAGCAUUCAUCUCCUGUAGUACAGUGAUCUGCGGGCCCUUUGUAUGGAGGAAACUUUUCUUGGUCAUUGCAUUUGAAUAAUGAAAUAAUUCACCACAAUUUUCAGUGGCACCAUUUAGCUCCAGUUCUAUUAAAUAAAAUCCCACUCUCUUUGAGCUGCUCUCUGGUUUAGUGCCAAGCAAUCUACCAUGUAAGCAAGACCUGUUUUACCAGUGCAGGUUGGCGAAAGCAUGCCUCGAAGAUACUGCAGGUUCGCUUCCUGGUUACUACAAGAAAGCCAGUCGUAUCACUUUUGGUUUUCCAGUACAUGUAGAAGUUACAUUUACACUAUACUGUGGUCUGUUGAGUGUGGGAUAGCAUUGUGAAAAAGUUCUAAAUAUUCUGAGAAUUACCAAACUGAUACAGAGACACAAAAACAAGCACAUGGUGUUGGAAAUGGCACCACUUGUUUCACAAAAGGUACUCCAAGGUCUUCAGUUCUUGUUUUGUUUUAAAGCUUUGCUAUCUUGAGGCACAAUAAAGUGGUGUAUGCCUGUAUUAAAACAUCAACCUUAAAAGAUAGGGAGAACUAAAGAAUUAGGAACCCUUGCAAUAAUUUCUUCAGGACCUAUAGUGAACCUUAUUAAUAUUUGUGUAAUGUUUUCAUCUUUUCCAUUUACACAAAAGCAUGGGCUUUUACAAUAGUUUAUAUCCUCUGAAGAGGGCUUUUUUUCAGAUUUCAGAGUUAUUUCAGAAUUGGCUCUUUGGUUUGAGUGCCAUUUAAGUACUCUUAGAGCAGUGGGAAGGGAGCUCAUGUAUUUACCAUGGGCCGUGUGUUCUCUGAUGGACCUUUGCAUUUAUUAUCUCUGAGCCUUCACAGCUACCCACUGAAGGAAGAGGACCGUGACCUUUUAUAGAUAGAAACAGCAAAAGCUCCAUGGUGGAAGAAGCUUGCUCAAGGUUACAGAUUUAAUUUGGAUUCAGAGCAGACUAGAACUUACACGUUCUUUCCCUAGCAUUGUGUUUAAGAUGGAAACUUUAUAAAACUUAGCAUUUGAGAUUGAGUUUCCAAAAGGCAAGCAUCCAUGGGGAAAAAGAUGGGACCUUCUACUCCUGUGAAGAGUUAUAGUCUCAGAAACCCACAAGGGCAGCUCUUCCCUGCCUUAUAGGGUCGAUGUGAGUUGGAAUCGACUCAAUAGUUUUUUUGGUUUUGUUUUUAGUUAAGCAACCAAGUACAAAAACGUUCCUAACUAAAACCAAAUCCUAAUGGAUUCAAACCCAUAUCAACCCUGUACAUGAUUUCUGAGGCUGUAAAUCUUGACAGAGGCAGACCACCUCAUUUUUCUUCAGCAAAACAGCUAGGAGCUUUGAACUGCAGCCUUUGCAAUUAACAGCCCAGUGCUUACCAGACUGGUCCAAGGGCUCCAUUCAAAUCACCUCAGAUGUGCUGUACUGCACAAAUGGAAAGAGGUAAACAGUUAACUCCAGAACUCCAAAAGUUUUUUGAGCUAUUAGGACUUGGUUGUUAAUGCUUAUGGUGUAUAUAUUUGAAAUUUGACACUUCAUUUUUCUUCUUAUAUGAUGAUUCUUUUAACAGAACCUGUCUCUGUAUCAAUGACAUGAGUCUUUCAAAACACUUUCUUCAAGACAAAUUUAAUUGAUUGGGUUCUGAAGUAGUAAGAAGUUGAGAAUGGUUCAUUUUGGUGUUAGAGAUGAAAUAAAGUAUAACCAGUUGGUAGAACAGAUUAUAGGCUAACUCUACUAUCUAGUCUUGAGAAGUCAGCCAUUCAAAUACAGAUUUAUCUCCAAUGUAAGGAGACCUGAAAAAUCCUUUGUACCUAGCACAUGGUUCAUAUCGCUGUUAUUAGAUGAUUAGACUAUGCCUCCUUUGUCCUCACACUGCUCCAAUCUAUCAUAGUAGCUGUGAACAUCUGUUACUUUGUUGACCUGUCUCCCUCCCUCCCUCUAGCCUGUGAACUCUUCUCUGUCUUUUAUCCCUAGCUGAUAAGUGCAUAAUUGUACAUGCAGAAAACUCACUGUUUUGAAAGGCAGAACACAGGAUGAUUUUCAUUUGGCAUCAUUAUGCCAUGUGGUUGAUGUGGUCCACAAAUAGUCCUGGGAUUAACUCAGUUUCAGUGACUUUCUGUGCUUCCAGUGUAAGUCUGUGAGGUUGAACAGUGUAAGUCUAUGAGUCUAGAAAUUAGAGAUGUCCCGGUACUGAUAAACAGGGACCUUUGGGAGGCUGCUAGUCUCCAUUUUCUGUUUUUCUAUAGACUGACAGCAGACCAACUAUGCUGUGUUACACACAUUUAGUUAAAUGUUACUGAUUCUUUUCAAAUCCAGCCAUUUAUAUAGCACAGUUGCUGUUUAGAUAUUUAUAACAUCAUUCGAGGGCCAUACUGAUCAAACAUUUAAUUUACUUGCCCCUAAUGUGAUGCUGGAACUACUCUUCUUGGGAUUGGUGAUUUCUCAAUCCAGUCUGCCAGCUGGAUACUCCCCACCCCUAACCCAGCAAAAGGAAACAACUAAGGGACAGAAUGAGUUCUGGGGUCAGACUCCCAAACCAGAAAACCAAACUCAUUGCCACUGAGUUGAUUCCUACUCUUAGUGAGUGUGUGGGACAGGGAAGAACUGCCCCUGUGAGUUUCCAAGACUAACUUUCCAGGAACAAAGUUUGCCUUUCUUGCUCAGAGUAGCAGGUGGUUUCAAACUGCUUACCUUGCGGUUACCAUCCCAAAGCAUAACCCACUAUGCCACAAAAGCUCAGACUACCUAGCUUCAAUCCCAGGCCACUUAGUUGGAGGCAAGUUAAUAACAGUGGUGCUUCCAUUCAGGGGACCUGCUUCAUUGUUAGGAGUUAGAAUUUGUGAAGUGCUCUGAACAUUGCUGGUCUACACAAAGUGGUUGCUGAUAAAUGUGGAGUACCAUAUCCUGCAACACAUGAAAGGGGGGAGUGUAUGUGGCCCUUUUUUAGAUUCCAUUGUGGAAUAGUUGAUUUCUGGAUAUAUAAGCUAACUAGUGUUCGCUGCCUUCGUCCCCCCCCCCCCCAAAAAAAAAACACCUAAAGAAUGAAAGUGGGCAUGUACAAUAACUACUAGCACUGGAUUUAAUAAUGAGAUUUUUUUUUCAGUCUGCUAUUGAGUCCAUUUGACUCAGAGGUGGUAGUGGUUAUACAUUGGGCUCCUAACCACAAGGUCAGCAGUUUGAAACCACCAGCUGCUCCAUGGGAGAAAGACAAGAUUUUCUACCCCUAUAAAGUUUUAGUUUGGGAAACUCCUGGGGCUGUUCUGCACUGUGCUUUGGGUUGAUUUGGAAAUGAGGUAGGACCAGAGCAUGAAGGUAGCCAUAGGAGUUUUUAUAAUAACCUGCCUGCCCAGAGUUCCCUCCACUUCAGCUCUACUGAGCAGUACUUACUAGAGUUGCUGGUGCUUUGAGGUAUUUUCAGUGUGGGCUGCAGUGUGUAGUCUCCACUCAGAAGCAUGAGAGCAGGCUGUACUCUGCUUGUCUGGUGGCUGCAAGAUAACUCCCAAAUGACAGUAAGAGAAUAUUUUUUCUGGACUUUUUUUCUUCCUUGAAUUCCAUCUGAGCAAAAUCAUAGCUGGUUUAUAGCACCGGCCCUGCCUAGAAGCACUCUGAUUUCAGGAAGCAUUAGUCUGAUGCCCACUGUCACUACAGUGGUCUAAUGGAUUUGGUGUCCAAGACAAGCCUGUUUGAUUGGGCUCAUGUUGAGAGGGCUGUGCCCUGCCACACAGUGUGCCGCCUGCCCCAGGGAGCCUAGAACAUCACUCCUUUUGUGGCCGGGUUCUCUCUCUUGAGAGACUUCUGUCUCCGGACCUGCACCUCUAUGCCCCUGGCCCUCCAUCUGGCUGCUUCAUUUUGUGCUGUAUUGUGGGGGGAGUCUGUGGAAUCCCAUUGCCUCUAGCGUCAGUCCUCUGUUUGCUUGGUUUUCCUUGGUGAAAACAUCUCCUGUGCUAUGGCUCCCUCCUCUUCCCCUGCUUGGGGUCGCUUCAAUGUCCUUCACUUCAGCCGCUCUUUCAGGAGCUCCUAACUCAGAGCCACCUUCAUCUUGGUUUCCUGGCCACGGGCACUGAGCUCAUUUGACACCCAUCUGGAUCCCACCCUCUCUCUGGCCCUGCUCAGUUCUUGCCUCCAGAAUUCCUUACAAAACCCUGCACACAUCUGACUUGUUCCUCCCUCCAAGACUGCUGGAGAGCUCCUCUGCUGAGGAAAUAACUGCCUGUGAUUCGUUUUCAUUAUACUAACCCCACACUCAACACCUAUGAUAAGUCUGUAUCCAUGAAGCUCCCUGAUCUCACUGGUUUAUGAUUGAGUAAUAUGCCCCCCAUUUAUGCCACUGUACGAGGACAGUGCUCUGCAUAUAACUACUAAGUGCUUAGGAACCCUGGUGGUGUAGUGGUUACAGGUUGGGCUGCUAUCAAAAUGGUUGGCAGUUCAAAAUCACUAGCAUCUCCGCGGCAGAAAGACUGGCUUUCUACUCCCGUAAACAGAUACAGUCUCGGAAGCCCUCAGGGGUCACAUCAAGUCAUCAUUGAUUUGAUAGCAGUCACUUUGGUGUUUGUUUGGUACUGAUGGUAGCUCUGCUGUGAAUAAAAUGAGUCUGCAUGUCAAAUCUAACAAUUUGCAUUACUGUUGACACAAUCAGAAUUCUUCAAAGUGAAACCGUGAUAUUGGAGAUGAUUAGUUCUGAUUCAAAAUAUUUUCAAUUUCAUAAUUAACUGCAGAGAGAUUUGUAUCUGCAGUGUGGAUUUUCAUGCUCAGACCCUGGAAAUGCAAUUUCUGGCCAUGCAUUCCAUUCCUACAGCGUGAGAAUUUAUAGGUGACUGACUAUGUUACUGAGCUUUCUUGGACUUGACUCUUGAAUGCAAGUUGGGAUAAUGAUGUCAUAAAGUUUUUGGGUGGCUUUAAGAAACAGUCCUCGACGGGCAUCCAGAAGACCUUUUCCAGUUUGGGAAACCUAAUAUGUUAGUGAGCAGUGUUCUCCUGUUGUGAUUAAACUGAUCUAGGACAUUGGCUGCGCGGUCAGAUACAGCUUUUUACUUCGGAUGCCUGACUUAAGCAUUCGCAUGUGAUAGGAAAUAUUCCUUAAGUGCUAGCCCCACAUGACUGCUAGAUCACAACGUGAAUCUAAAAUAUGAAGUGAAAGACCCCAAUCCUUAUUUUAAUUUUCCAGGGAAAUUGGGAAGAAGUGCAAAUACGUUCUGCAUCUAAAAAUGUAGACAUUUUAAAUUACCAAGUAGUGUUUUAAAAUAAGGGUGAUUUAAGACUGUGUUCACAUGUCUGGCCAUUAGCUAGUUUGCUUAAUAAAUGAUGGUCAUAAGACCCAUGCCACACCCACCCCUUUGUUGCGAGUUCCCAGGAUUGUGCAAACUGCAUCAUCUGAUGGUUUAAAGCGGGCAGAGAUAGGUCUUUGAUUUAACUUCUUUGGUCUUGAAUAUAUACUGAAUCAGUAAUGGCUAGGGUUUCCUUCCUAAACAUGAAAGUUUUAUUUUGAAUGAUGGAAUUCAAUGUGUUCUCACUAUUAAGUUUUUUUUUAUUAGAGACUGUGCAGACUUUUUGAGAUUUAAUCUGCAUGAUUGUAAUGCUUUUCAUUUUUUCCACUGAAAAGAAGUAAAAAUGCUUUGAAGAAUCAAAAAAUAAUGUAGUAAAAAGAGCAUUUUCACUUUUUCUCUACGGUGUUUGAGACUCAGUGUUAAAUAAAUUUCAGAUUCAUCUGAAGGCUAAAAGGUACCAAAUGCUGAAGAAGUUUCUGUGUUAGGGUGCUGGGUUUGGUUUUUCUCCCUUCUUUUCACAUUGUAAUGUGCUUAUAUUACUUUUAUAAUGAAAGAAAUAAAUGGAAAUGUUAAAUUUA